AUGCGGACCCACCUGUACUCCAACUUCGUGGAUCUGAUGAAAGCCUUCGAUACGGUGAAUCGUGAAGGACUGUGGAAAAUCAUACAGAAAUUCGGCCGUCCCGAACGGUUCACUCACAUGGUGCGUCAGCUCCACGAUGACAUGAUCGCGCGAGUCACGGACAAUGGAGCUGUCUCAGAGGCAUUCACAGUGACCAACGGAGUGAAGCAGGGCUGCGUCCUCGCGCUUACCUUCUUCAGUCUCAUGUUCGCUGCCAUGCUGAUGGAUACCUACCGUGACGAACGCCCUGCGAUACCCAUCGCCUACAUAACGGACUGCCAACUCCCCAACCACCAACGGAAGCACUUCCAGUCACGUGUAUCCACAACUGCCGUUCAUGAACUUCUCUUCGUCGACGCCUGUUCCCUCAACACCACCUCAGAAAUACAAAGGAGCAUGAAUCUCUUCGAUGCCGCCUACGAGAACUUCGGCCUGAUUAUCGACACGGAGAAGACGAGGGUUAGGCAUCAACCGCCGCCCAAUACAGCCCAGUGCGCCGCAAAUUAG